GCACGAUUGGUGUAAGCCUCUGGAAAGCCAACGGUGGAUGUCGUAAUCAGCGCCAUGUCCGAAAGUCGGACAAAUCGGACUAGUUGCGCUCAACACAGUCCAGCUCCACCCUAACAGCCCAUUAAUAUCAACGAAAAUUCAAUUCAUCUGACAGCCUGCGGGAUUCAAAUCAGCGGAUCUUCUAUUAUUUCUUUCUACCGAAACAAGGAUAUCUAUAACUCCAUGUCCUCCCGACGUAGCACACGUAAAAGAAAGUGCAAUACAGCGGAUAUAAGCUCGUCAUGGUAUGUUGGCUACGCGGAAGACGGAGAGUCAGUGGAAGCAAUUAUGCAGAAAUUCCAAGAACUUGAGAGGAUGCAACAGGAGUUGGCCGCGCAAGGCUCCUCCACUCCUGUAAGCGCCCCAACUCCAGAAGCAUCAUCUGUCUUUGCCAGCGGAACGAAUUCGGAUGCAGAUGCGGACAUGGCGCGUGCCAUUGCUUUGCAAGAGGGACAGGAGGAAUCGACAUUUACUCAGGCGCAGCUUGAAGAACUGUUCAAACGAACCUCGUGCUUCACGGUCAAACAGGCAACGUUAGAUCUCGACCCUGACGAUUUGGACGAGCUGGAGCUUUGGCGCCUGGAGAUGGAGGGUGGAGAUGACGAUGAUUGGGAAGAAAAUGAUAAUCACAUUCUGGAUGAUGAUAUGUGGGAUGAUGAGUUCGGACCUGCACGAUCCGGCAGACGAGGGGAAAGGAUCCCGCGUGCUCGAUCUGGCGGACUCCGAUCGAAGCUGGAUCGUGAGAGUCUUAUCGCCAAGUAUAAGGUCAUGCAGAUUCAGAUGCAGGACAGAAAUGGAAAUUUCUUCGUCAUGAAGAAGAGAGUGUGUACUGUUGAUCCGAGGUUGCCGACCUACAUUCGCAUCCCUCCGGUUCCGAUACCACGAUCAUGGGUCAAAUUAAUUACGUCAUAUGCUCCUCCAAGCGGUGACAUUGAAGGGUGCAGAUAUUUUGAGGACGACAUCCUUCACUUCAAUAUGAAGCCCUUGGGCAAUCGGUUUCAGGUUGUCCAUAUGAAUCCCCCAUUCCUCAUGCCUGAUGAAGAACCCACGUCCGGAAAGAUCUCCAUGAAGCAAUUUGAGAAAUUAGACAUCCCGGCCAUAAUACCAUUUGGAUUUCUUUUCAUCUGGGCUGAAAAGGAAUUGACGCCCGACAUUCUUCGGGCUACUCAAUCAUGGGGUUUCCGCUAUGUCGAAAAUUUCGCCUGGAUCAAGAGAGAGAGGAGCAACAAGAUUGCCCGACAAUCCUCACGAUAUUUUAAUAAAAGUAAGACGACUUGUUUGAUAUUGAGAAAGGAGCGCAAGGAAGGCGACGUUGAACUUCGACAUCAAAGAAGUCCUGAUUGCGAGUUUGACUUUAUAAAACCAAAGCUACCUGAGGAUCUGACUGAGGAGAAGCCCAACUUCGUCUACGACGUGAUCGAAACCCUUUUGCCACAGGCGGUUUAUGGUCCGGCAAACCAGAACGGUGACAGAAUGUUGGAUCUUUGGGCCAAACCAGGACGAAGGCGAAAGGGAUGGACCAUGGUGGUACAAAAGAGGUCAUAGACUGUUUACACUCCGUCUCCGAAAUGCAUAGAGAUUAGCUGUAGGCUCUGAUUGGAAAGAUGGAUUCUAGAUACUAUGGAGUUGUACCCAUGACUUAUAGCAGGAAGACGUACUGGGGGCUAGGACCGAAAUCAAAAUCUCUCUAGAUUUGAGGCACUACAUGGAUCACCAGGAUGCGUGUUUCUGAGUUAUUGAUAAAAUACAGAAGACUGCUAGCUGUCAAAUGCCGCUUGCAUCUACUAUCGUCCAA